UUGUUUUGUGAGGAUUCGAAAUUAUCGCCGUCAAGAAAUACUGAAGUUUUGUUUAAAAAAAAAACGUUUUAUUGAAUCAAUAAACUUGGUACUGUGUUCAUUUCUUCAAAAUUUUCAAUACGAUUAUUUGUUUCAUGUUAAAAUUGUGUUUUAGUUUGAAGAGUCGAGUGAAGAUAAGGUGAACCGUAUGGAUUUUUUUGGACUUUUUUUGGCGAAUUAUCCAUACAGUAUGGAUUCCGUUGUGCGCUACCGUAUGAAUUUCUAUGGAUUUAUAACCAUUUUUGCCAUUGUACGGAUGUUUCAGUUCAAAAAUCUGUAAAAAUCGAAAAAUGUACGGAUUUUUCCUUUGGAAGAAUUGGUUACCUUAGAGUGAAGAGACUCUGUUGAUGAUUCAUACUAUGAAUAUCAUAGUUCAAUUUUCCAACCGACGAUUCUGUAUAGAAGUGAAGUCUAGGUCGAUUUUAGUUCCUUGAAUUCAUGAAUACUUCAUUCAAUGUGACGGUGCGCAAUAUUUCUGGAUUGUAAUGUAGGGAUCAGCGGGAAAAUUGAAUUAGAAAUGAUUGAAUAUUAAGACACUAUUUCCAAGGCGUACGUUCGUUCACGAUUGCAAUCGUGAUUGAAAUAGUGCCGUUAGGGUAGAUCGAUUGAACGGUUUUACAGAUAUCAAAAAUAUUCCUCCGAAUCGAAGCUAAAGAUGCCACAAUAUUCAUCCUUGAUAUCGAUUAAGCCGUUCAAUCGACCAACCUUUGUUGAAUACGUGACGAUUUGAAUAUGGAUUUAACUGAUGAAACUUCAAGAAAGUCAAUAUUAAGAAUUGAUUUGGUCAUCGAUCAAAUCUUUGAAGAAACGCCUUUCGAUGGUGUUUUGUGUUAAUAAUAAUUCGAGAAGAAAAAACCUCAAAAAGACACAAAAUUAAUAAGGAAACUUACAUAGAAAUCAUCAAUCAUCGUCUACAUUUGUUUCAUCUUUGAAUAUGCAAAUAUCAAAAUGGAGUUUUGUGCAUGAGAAACCAAAAAAUAGUUUAUUUUUUUCUGGUUUAUUCAAAUUUUAAAUUUAAACCUGAAUAAACCAGUUGAAAUCAAGUAUUUAAAAGGUCAAUAAAUGACUGAUCUGUCCGUGUUUCACUCACUUUUUUCCAACUAUCAAACCUGUUUCCACCUAAUUUGCUGUAUAUUGCUGUUCGGUUUGAUGAGUAAAAACAUUGAAAUUCUGAAAGGAAUAAAUGCUCACUGCUAUGCAUACCAUGAAAUCAUGUUCAUUCGUACUUUAAAUAAGGCGCCCAAUGGCGUGCGUCAUAUAUAAUAACACUGAUAACCUUUAAGAGGAGUUUUGUCUUUGGCCUAAAGAAUAUUUAUUUUAUUGCACAAAAUAAACAGCUGUAGCUUUAGUCAAGGCAUUCCAAAUUGGAAUUAUCACCGCGAUUGUACGAAUUUGGUAACCAUGCAGUCAUUCAGCGUGGUUUUCAGUGUCGUUCUCCUUCUGUGGUGUGUAAAUGCUAACAGUUUACCGAAUACUACAAGCGGUGGCCCAGAUAUUUGUGAAACAGAGACGUGUGCAAGGGAGGCAUCCGCUAUGCUGAAUUCGCUUGAUGAAUCAAUUCAUCCAUGUGAUAAUUUCUAUGAUUUUGCGUGUGGAAAUUUCCUUCGAAACACCAUUUUACCCAAGAACAAAACCAUUAUCAUGUCAUUCACACAAGUUCAGGACAAAGUCGAAGAGCAAUUGCGAACAAUUCUCACUGAAGACCCGUAUCUAAAUGAAUCGAAACCAUUCACAUUGGCAAAAACUUUUAUGCGCGCCUGUUUGAAUGAAAUGGCAUUGAAUGAAAUGGGCGUAACACCGUUGGUAGAAACAUUGGAAACUUUCGGUGGAUGGCCGGUUGUCAAGGGUGACGAAUGGCAUGGCGAAAACUGGGAUUGGAUCGACGCCAAUAGGAAAAUGUCUGAUGCUGGACUCAUUGACAGCAUGAUACUAAAGACCGCAAUCGCCACCGAUUCAAAGAACUCAUUGAAACGCGUUAUUUCAAUUGAUCAGCCAAGCUUUGGAUUAUCACAAAAGUUUUUACUGCACGACUUGGAAGAUUCAAACGUGAAAGCCUACUAUGAGUUCAUGGUUGAUUCGGCUGUGGUGUUUGGAGCAAAUAAAAGCGUUGCCGAAAUGGAACUACUUGAUUCACUUAAAUUUGAGAUGGAAUUGGCAAAGAUCGCAUCGACUUCCGAAGAGCGUCGUAAUCAAACAGCUCUCUACAAUCCAUUCACCAUUAGUCAACUGCAGACAAAGUACCCAUUCAUCAACUGGCUGGAUUAUAUCAAUUGGAAUCUACAUGAUCUGUUGAAAGUGAACCAAAAUGAAGUUGUAAUUGUGCUGGAUACAAAAUAUGUCUCUCAACUUGAUCACAUACUCAAAACGACUCCCAAACGAACGAUUGCCAACUUUUUCGCUUGGCGUGCUGUUAUUUUCGCUUCUGACUAUUUGGACAAUGUUCUACAUCAGAAAUUAGAUCAAUAUCUUGCUAAAACGACUGGCAUGCAGCAGGCCGAUACUCGUGAAGCCGAAUGCAUCAAACAGACCAUGAACUCUUUAUCGAUUUCCGUUGGAGCCUCGUAUAUUCGAAAAUAUUUCAAUGAAGAAUCCAAAAUAGCUGCAACGAAAAUUGUUAAAACGAUUUACGAGCAAUUUAUUAAAACGUUGCAAACGGUCGAAUGGAUGGACGGAGAUACACGAAAAGAAGCCAUUCAAAAGGCGCACAAAAUGAACUAUCACAUUGCAUAUCCCGAGGAACUCGUCGAUAAUAAUAAAUUGGAAGAAUAUUACCAACAUUUAGAAUUAGUGUCCAAUUCCUUGUAUGACAACGUUCGACGCGUUCGAAUUUUUAAAAGUAAUAAUCUGAUUCGAAAGUUGCGAUUACCGGUCAAUAAAACCGAUUGGGAAACUCAUUCGAUUCCAUUCAUUGUGAAUGCAUUUUAUUCAUUACUCGAAAAUAGUAUUCAAUUGCCAGCGGCUGUGCUUCAAGAUCAUUUUUUCAAAAUUGAUCGACCAUCUUAUAUGAACUACGCGACCAUUGGCUGGUUUAUUGGCCACGAAAUCACCCACGGUUUUGAUGACGAAGGGCGGCAAUUCGAUUCGAAUGGCAAUUUGAUGGAUUGGUGGAAACACGACACCGCAAACAGAUUUGCAGCAAAAGCCAACUGUAUCGUUGAUCAGUAUUCGAACUAUACAGACUCCGUUUCCGGUUUAAAAGUCAAUGGAGUCAAUACACAAGGUGAGAACAUAGCUGACAAUGGAGGUGUGAAAGGAAUUUAUGAAGCAUAUCAAACAUUUGUGAAUCUCAAUGGUCCUGAUCCUUUAUUACCGGGACUGCAUUAUACACAAAAUCAGCUGUUCUGGAUUUCAGCCGCUCAAUUGUGGUGUGCAGUUACACGGCCCGAAUUCGACACAAUUCAAUACACAACCGACUUUCAUGCACCAAAUAAAUUCCGCAUUAUCGGAACAUUCACCAAUAUGGAACGGUUUUCUCAUGAUUUUAAUUGUCCAAAAGGCACAAACAUGAACCCUGUCUAUAAAUGUGAAGUUUGGUAAGAUGAUAGAAGUAUGUUAAUCUUCGCAUAGGAACAAACAUGAUUGCAAAAAUUUAUUAUUGUUAUAAUAAUGAAGUUUGAAAUAUACAAGAUCACACAUAUUUGUUUUGAAGCAAAUGUGUUUAAUCUCAUUGGCGUUCACAUGAAUUCUACAACUAAUAUACAUUUUUUGGAUCAAGUAUUGAGAUGCAAUAUAUAAGUUGUAAUUUUGAUAAACGAUGUUGCGAUGUUUACGCUCAAGCAUUUUCAUAGGAAGAGCAAAUAAAAUGAAAAGUUACUUGAAA